GCGAUCACACCGGAAUAUUCCCCACCGACGGAGUAACCCAUGCCUUUUCCCGAAAACUAUAAAUACUUCUCAUUCUCUCUCUCUGACCCCUCCCGCCAUUUCGUGCCCUAGACUUCUCUCUUGCUCAUCGCCUCCACUCUCUGCAACAUGCUCAAAAUCCCCAAUUUCUCUCUCUCAUCCCCUCAAUCCACCCCCAAAUCUGCGAGCUUUCGGUCCUUUUUACUCGAAAUCGGCUUUUUUCGAUGAAAAUGGUGUAGGGUUUUGAAUCGAAGAUGGUUUUGAGUUCGUUCGACUGGUUGAGGUGAUGGAUGCGGUGGAGUUGGCUCUUCCGGCGGUGGUUGCGGUGUCGAAGCUCAUGGGAUCGGAGGGUUUUGGUGGAGCUGGUGGAGGAGCUGUCGGUGGCGGCGGUGGGGUUACAGUGAUGGAAGUUGAGGCUCGCGAAUCGGACCGUAUUUCGAUUGCUGUUGCUCCUUUGCUUUGCCGAAAAGAUGAGAUGGGUGCUGUUAAUACACAGGAAUCAACUUUUUGGAACAAGAUAUCAGAUACUGAACUUGGUAGGCAUGCUUAUCAGCUUUCCAGCUUUCAUUGCGAAGAUGCACCUGAAGAGCUUAAAUUUGGGAGUAGAAAUAGUUCUCCUUUGUAUAUGCCCAAUAUUGAGGGUAAACAAAUACCACGCAAAUCUGGGAAAGUGGCAAGAGGUAGUGGUUAUUCUAAGAGAUCGAGGAUGGCACAAAUGGAAGAAGUGUCUAUAAAUGAAGCCGAAGCUGAUGAUGUAAAAGAGAAAACUCAAACGGCUAAGCAAAAGAACGGGCUAAAUGGCAAGCGGGGUGACAAAAGAAGUGGUAAAGUUUCCACGAAGACAAAAUAUGAUUAUUUCUCUCUGAAGGCUGGCAUGGUGAGCUUCAAUUCAGCAACUGGAGGGAACAACUUUUUUGGAAUAAAUGGUUUGAAACCAGAUACUUCUGAUGUCACGAAGCAUCUGGAUGAGCUAUCAGUGAAUGAGCUCCUUGAUGGCAGUUACAAGUGUCCUAGUUUUGCCAAAGACAAAGGAAAGAAAGCAGCAAAUUUGAAUGAAAAUAUUCUACAUUCAGUUAGAAAGACUUGCUCUAUUCUUCGGCAAUGCAAGCCUCUACAGAGCCAGAAUUCUGCUGAGAUUGAUAAUAGUUACAACCAGAAAGUUUCCACAUGCCCAUUGAGCUCUGACACUUCUGUGGCAACUAGAAAUGACAGUGAUAAAGGAGAUACCUGCACUACUGAUCUGUCUUCACAUGACAAGGAUUCUUUUAGCAAGCCCAAAAUCCCUGCCGAUGUGCUAGAUUUCGUGUUGUGUCAACCUAAAGAUAUUUUGGAGCGCCUCGCACUUCCUCCACCCAAGGAUUUGGAUUCUCUGCUCCUGGACGUGGCCAAGCCUACUGUAGUUUCAAAAAAUAAUUCUGAUUCACGUGGCAAGCAAAUAUCUCACCGAGAUAGCUUGCCACCUUUUUCUUGGUCACAUAAUUCUGGCGGGCAUUACAAAUCUAGCGCUGAUGCAAUUAAAUCAUCUGCGGGUAAGACCACAUGCCAGAGUAGAUGGAUAAAAAUUGGAAACACUAAUACUUCUCUGAAAGGCAGAUCUGAUUUUCUUGCGGACUUGGAGUCACUUACUUAUGAUCACAGCCUGGUUCCUUUGGAAGGUCUGAAAAAUGACCCUGUGGAAAAUAAAAUUGCCCCAUUUGCAUCUGCUAACUUUCCUUGGUUUGAAUUGGGUUCAUCAUCGUCUGCAACGUGCUCAAUAGCUUCGAAGCUUCCUCCAGAAUCCGAUAGCAGUCUGAAGUAUGAAGAAGAUGCUGGAAAUUCUCCGAGAUUGUUAGCUGCUGCUCAAACACUAUGUGACAUUGCAGCUCAUUUUUUGAAGCAAGACGUACAUGGAAUGGUAAGGUGGUCAAAGAAACCUUCAGAAAAGACCAUGAAAGCUUGCAAGUCAAAAUCGAACGACAAGUCUGGAGAAAUAUUUGCAGCACCAAAAUCAGUAAAUAUAUCUGACAACCACGUAAAAAAUGCUAAUGAGGUUUCGCCCUUAAAGAAGCCUAGGCUUUUGAUGAACGAGAAGAGUAAUAAAGAUCUUGGUCAUAAUACCCUGAAAAAAGGCCCGAUAAAUUGGUCUAUACCCAGAUCAAAUAGAUCAUCUCCUAGCACAUCAUUAAGAGAUUCGUUUGCAGAAACAAAAACUUAUAAUGGCAAUGUUGUAAAACAAUCGAUCAUGAUGCCACCACCAUCCUCAAGAGUCUUGGACAAGGGUUGCAACAGUCGGCAGAAGAUGAGGAAGUUGGUACCGAUGGAGCGGAACAGAGAAGGGGGUAAGCUGGAUUGACACGAUUGUAUGAGGUACAGGUACAUUGCUUCUUUCCUCUGACAUUUGUUGUUUAUUUCAUUUAAAACACUGUUGGUUAUUGCCAAAACUGGUAGGUUUGUAUAUAUUGCACUGCAAGUAGGGAUUGUUGUAAGGUUUCUCCUCUCAAGUGGGGAAUAGAGUUCAAUGUUGUAACAUUAAAUUGUAGUACAGGUGUGGAAGUGCACCGUUGACUUUGCCUUGUGUAGAGCAUUGGAUGAGGCAAUAGAAAGCUCUCUCUCUCUCUCUCUCUCUC